AUGGCGGACCAUUCCUCGUCCUCAAACGAAGCUGGGUCCAGCUCCGCUCCGGUCCUGCCUCCGCCGCAGGUCGCAGGCAAGGCGCGCUAUCGCCAUAUCCCGCGCACCACCUUCAAUGCCGUCGAAUACCCAAGCACCGUCUCUCACCCUUCCGCCCUACUCAAAGUCAUCACCCAGGACAAUCUCGACACAUGCUUCAACCUGCCCGCAGGCGCAACUGACACUAUGCUCGAAAUGAGCUAUCGGAUGGAUGAUCCCUCUGGCAUCCCAGUCCGUGGGAUGAGGGUACCUUCUUCGAAACUGCUUCUGAGGGUCAAGCGUCGGCGCAAGAGGGUCGCCACGUCGGAUGAGGAGGACGGACAGGACAUCGAGGGAUCCGGCUCGAGAAAGGGCAAGGGGAAAGAGAAGGAGGAGCAAGGAGUGUUCGUUGCGGAGGUGGUGGGGCUCGUCACUCAGACUGUGCGAUUCAGACAUAUGGCGGACUAUCAUUAUACGCCCAACCCAGAGGGACGGAUCUCGAGUAUGGUUAGUGCGCUCAAGGAGCUGGAUUAUAAUGCCAUUCUCGAUUAUAGUGUCGCGCAGCUCGACGAGGAGUUUAUGGACCCCGUCGAGCCGCCGCUAGGUGAAGAGUUACCACCUGGGGUGAUGCCCUUCCGGACGCGACUAGAUCUCCCACCGCCGCCUAUCUUCAGCCAGCGCUUCCUGCCGCCAUCUUACGGAUACAAGAACGCUCCUCAGAGCGUACUCGAGAUGACGGUCGACCCCUAUACUGGCGAGUCUCGACAACGCUAUGUCAACAAAUCCCGACUCAUCGCUACCGGGCCCCAGAGGGUGGGACACGGCCACGCGAAGGGUCAAGUCCCAACAGAGCCAGUCAAGGCAGUCAAGGAUCGGCUGGGAAAAGUCAGCCAGCCGUUGCUGGAGAAGCUAAAGAAGCUGUUCGAAGAGCGACCUGUCUGGCUCAGGGUUGCUCUCCUUGCCCAGCUAACUCCAGAGGAAGAGCGAAACGUCAUCAACGAAAAGACCUACCUUGCCGCCGUGUGCUACACGUUUGGAGCUGGACCAUACUGGAAAUGUUAUGCCCGACUGGGAUAUGAUCCGGUAUACGAGCCGUCCGCAUACAUAUAUCAACGAAUCUACUUUUACAUCACGGUUCAACGGGCCAAGGUCACUAUGCUACGCGCGCAAUCGGUCGAGUCUGCAGACGAGGAGGAAGAGGAAGAAACAAAGGACGGGGGCUGGUGGUUAGCUGAGCAGGAACGGCGGGUCGCUGCUGGGGAAAGGGGACCCGUCGAUCGGACGAAGGCACAUAUGUUCGAUGGGCACGAGAUCAAUCGCAGCAAGCCCGACUUUCAGCUAUGCGACAUCUCCGAUCCGCUCCUGCGGAAAUACAUCGACAAUCCCAAUUUGCGCAACGAUACAUGCGAUUCCAAGGACGGGUGGUACAAGCCCUUCGCGCUCGCUGCUAUUCGGAACAUCUGUAAGAUCAAGUACGCCUACGUCCGGGAACAUGGGCAUGCGGCGCCGAAUGAGCUGUGUUAUGAGGAGAUUGAGAAGUUUGAGCGGGCUAUGCGGGGCGCAAAGGAGGGAUCUAGGGCUGAGGACGAUGAGGAAGGGGCAGAUGCGGGAGAGGACGAGGAGAUGGAGGAAUAA